AUGAGGGGAGCAGCUCUUAAUGAAGCCAGAGCCAAGGCCAAGACCCGCUCCUCUAGAGCCGGACUCCAGUUCCCAGUGGGCCGUGUUCACAGGCUGCUGCGCAAAGGCAACUACGGCGAGCGGGUCGGUGCCGGAGCCCCCGUCUACCUGGCCGCUGUGCUCGAGUAUCUGACCGCUGAGAUCCUGGAGCUGGCUGGGAACGCCGCCCGCGACAACAAGAAGACCCGCAUCAUCCCCCGUCACCUGCAGCUGGCCGUCCGCAACGACGAGGAGCUCAACAAGCUGCUGGGUGGAGUCACCAUCGCUCAGGGUGGAGUGCUGCCCAACAUCCAGGCGGUGCUGCUGCCCAAGAAGACCGAGAAGGCCGCCAAGGCCAAGUAAACUCCUGAUACCCGCUGAAAACAAACACAACGGCUCUUUUCAGAGCCACACACUUUAUUUUAGGAGCUUUGACUUCUAUAUGUUUGACAUUUAAAAAUGUACUUUUUUAUGUCACAUUAACUUUAAAGAUUUUAUUAUGGGCCACUUUUAAUCGGGCUUUAU